AUGGCCAGCAUAGCCACCGCAGCAGAAGCUGUGGCAAGAGUGGCAUACCUCUCCAGCGAUGUAGUGCUCUCAGUCCAGCCGACGAAGGAGACAGACUCAGUCUUCUCUGGCACUCUCAACAGCCUAGCUCAGCAGCAGGUCAAGAAUGUGGUAUCAGAUGCUGUUCCGGAGGUACGCCCAGUGCGCCACAAUGAGGACCCCCUGCUAUCAGCAUACCACCCCCUACAGGAGGGCCAGACAGUCUCAGUCACGACAACGUCAACCGUCUUGCUGGCUGCCAUACCUCACCUCUACAGACUGGCAAACUACUCCAUAGUCAUUCAUGUGCAUCUGGAACCAUCGCAGUUCGCAGACUACUCCGUCAUAAGCUCCAUUCGACAAUGCGGGUUCUCCUUCCUCCAUUCAGAGACCCUGCAGGAGGCUCACGAUAUCGCUCUUACUGCCCAUGCCCUCGCCCUGACUUCGGGUAAGGGAGUCAUUCAUUUCUUUGACCUGCGUAACUCGGCAAAGGAUCAGCCGGUCGUGGCAGAGGAUGCUGCGUUUGUCAAGGAUAUACUCGAAGUCAGCCCCGUCAGAGCUACUCAUACGCCCGUGGAUGUGCCUCAGACCAUCUAUGCGGACUCAGGGAGGGUCGCCAUGGUCACUGAUCAGGGCUUUGGAGGACCAGCCAUCAGCCCCGGUGCUGCUGCUGAUACUACUGCUGCCACCGACUCUGCUCUCCCUAUCCCAUCCCCAAAGUCAGCAAUUCACAGCGUUGAACCUUCGUCAGUUGGCUCCUCGCGACGGGGCAGUAUUCUCGAAAGCCAUGUUCCCAGCUCAUCUGCUACUACGGCUGAGACAGUUACGGCCCGCCCAGUUGAUGCAUCAGACAUCUUCCAGAUAGUAAGCAUCAUCUGGGAUGCUUUCUCGGCCAGAGUAGGUCGCAAUUACCAUGCCAUCGAGUACUCGGGGCCACAAAACGCAAAAUUGGCACUGUUCGUCUUUGGAUCAACAGGCGUGUUUGUCGAUACCCUCAACGACCCAACUCACAAGGAUGAAUUCAAGGAUGUGGGCAUCAUCACUGCCAGACUCUACCGUCCCUGGAUAGGCAGCCAGAUACUCCGUGCUGUACCAGACUCGGUCGAGCGCAUAGCUGUGCUUGAACAAGUUCGCAAGACCACCAAAUGGGGCCCGUCUUUCCUUGACCUCUUAUCUAGCAUGUCACAGCCCCCAUCCAGCACUAGACCUACACCAACCCUCGUAGGCUACAGACUCGGAUAUGUAGAACCCGCAACAGCCUCCCAAGCAGUCAGAGGCGUCAUCCAGAACCUCACACUAGAGACACCUAUUCAGAGCCUCGACAUAGGCAGCGAGACCAUCCCCACGCCAGAUGCCCAGCUUCAACAGCCCAGCCAUGAAAAUGCAUACACCAAGAUCCUGAACCAGCUGUUCAGUGACCGCUUGUACAUUGCCAACCAGCUUGGUUCGCAGGACGCAGGUAUCUCCGCCACCAUCGCUGCUUCACCAGAGUACGGCUUUGGGUCCCUGCUCGCUAGAAAGGAGCGUCGUACCAACCUCAAGAAUGAUGUCGAGGAAGCUGUUCGAGCCAAUGGAUUCAAGAACGAGACCUCCAAACAGCUCCUGUCCAAGUGGGCUUUGAACGAAGCAAACCCCGCCAAAGCCAACCAGAUUGCUCCAGAUGUCAUCGCCGCCUUGACAGAAGAUGGAUCCAGCCCAGCCGAAGAACUGCUUCAGUCCAAGGAACUAUUCUUCAAGGAGGCCCAAUGGCUCAUCGGCUCCGAUGCAUGGGCGUAUGACCUUGGAAAUUCCGGAGUCCACCACGUUCUUGCUUCAAAUAAGAACGUCAACAUGCUCAUCAUCGACUCCCAGCCAUACUCCCAGAGAACGGCUGCGGACCCCACACGCCGCAAGAAGGAUAUCGGUCUCUACGCGAUGAACUUUGGCCAUGCAUAUGUUGCUUCAGUCGCAGUGUACAGCUCAUAUACCCAGGUCUUGCAAGCCAUUGCAGAAGCAGAACAGUACAAUGGGCCUUCAGUAGUUGUUGCUUACCUACCGUAUCAUAAAGAAAGCGACUCCCCCCUCACUGUAUUGCAAGAGACUAAGAAGGCAGUGGAAGCUGGCUACUGGCCUCUUUACAGAUGGAAUCCCGAAAACGCUGAAAAGGGUCAGCCUAAUUUCUCGCUGGAUUCAGAGAGGAUUAGAAGAGAACUAGAAGAGUUUCUUCGUAGGGAUAAUCAGCUCACUCAGCUGAUGGGUCGUGAACCCAAGUUUGCUGCAAGUUUGUCUGAGUCAUACGGCAGUGAAGUGCGAGCGCUGAAGAAGAGAGCUGCGAAGAAAGCGUAUGAUCAGCUCAUGGAGGGCUUGCUUGGUGCUCCCCUUACCGUCCUGUUUGCAUCUGAUAACGGUAACGGCGAGAAUCUGGCCAGAAGACUGGCUAAUCGCGGCAAAGCCCGUGGCCUCAAGACCAUGGUCAUGGCCAUGGACGAUUAUCCGAUCGAAGACUUGUCGAGGGAAGAGAACAUUGUCUUGAUCACUAGUACAGCAGGCCAGGGAGAGCUGCCACAGAAUGGACGCGGGUUCUGGGAAACAGUCAAGGAUGCAGGAGAUCUCGACCUGAGCUCUAUCAAUUAUUCCGUUUUUGGUCUGGGUGAUAGCCAUUACUGGCCUCGAAAGGAAGACAAGCUAUACUACAACAAGCCUGCCAAAGAUUUGGAUGCCCGUCUUUCCUUCCUGGGCGGUAAGAAGCUGGCUGAUGUCGGUCUAGGAGAUGACCAGGAUCCAGACGGUUAUCAGACCGGAUAUCAAGAGUGGGAGCCAAAGAUCUGGAAGGCUCUAGGGGUAGACAACGUUGAAGGACUGCCUGAUGAGCCUGCACCCCUGACCAACGAAGAUAUCAAGAUCCAAUCCAACUAUCUUCGAGGAACUAUCGCCGAGGGCCUGCUUGAUGAGUCUACUGGUGCUCUCGCAGAGAGUGACCUGCAAUUGACCAAGUUUCACGGAACUUACAUGCAAGAUGACCGAGACUUGAGAGAUGAGCGAAAAGCCCAGGGUCUCGAGCCGAAGUACAGCUUCAUGAUCCGCUGUCGUCUCGCAGGUGGUGUAGCAACCCCUUCGCAAUGGCUACAGAUGGACGAAAUCAGUAGCGCACAGGGCAACGAGACUAUGAAACUUACUACCAGACAAACAUUCCAGUUCCAUGGUGUUGUCAAGGGGAAACUGCGAGCAGCUAUGCAGGCGAUCAACCGUGCUUUGAUGUCUACUAUCGCCGCAUGCGGAGACGUGAACAGAAACGUCAUGUGCAGCAGUCUUCCUGAACUAUCUACAUACCACCGUGAAGUCCAUGCCGUAUCAAAACUCAUCAGCGACCACCUUCUUCCAGCAACCACCGCAUAUCAUGAAAUCUGGCUAAAAGAUGAGAACGAUAAGAAGGUACAGGUUGCUGGAGACGCCGUCGUUGAUCAUGAGCCGCUUUAUGGACCGACGUAUCUUCCUCGAAAAUUCAAGAUUACAAUUGCUAUACCACCGCAUAACGAUACUGAUGUAUACGCACAUGACAUAGGCCUCAUCGCAAUUAAGGGAUCAGACGGCCACCUGGAAGGAUUCAACGUCCUUGUCGGUGGUGGUAUGGGUGUCACUCAUAACAACAAAAAGACAUAUCCUCGAACGGGCAGUAUGCUAGGCUACGUCCCUGCCAAAGACACGCAUAUCGUCUGUGAGAAGAUCAUGCUCGUACAGCGUGAUCACGGUGAUAGGAAAAACCGCAAGCAUGCCCGAAUGAAAUACACAGUCGAUGACAUGGGCGUCGACGUCUUCAAGGGGAAAGUCGAAGACUUGCUUCCCGAGGGUCUCCGAUUCUCUGAACCCCGUCCGUUCAAGUUCGACUCUAACGUCGAUACUUUCGGCUGGAUCAAGGACGAAACAGGUCUUAACCACUUCACCUGCUUUAUCGAGAACGGCCGCGUAGAAGACACAUCCGACUUCCUAAUGAGAACCGGUCUCCGAGAACUCGCCAAAUUGAACAAAGGCGAAUUCCGCCUCACGGGAAACCAGCACGUUAUCAUCUCCAAUAUCAAAGACGAAGAUCUACCGCAGGUCAAAGCCCUGAUGGCAAAAUAUAAGCUCGACAACACUUCCUUCAGUGGCCUUCGUCUCUCCUCUUCAGCAUGCGUUGCAUUCCCUACCUGCGGCCUUGCAAUGGCUGAAUCAGAAAGAUACCUACCAAUUCUCAUCACGAAGAUAGAAUCGUAUCUAGAGGAGAAUGGUCUUUCGCGAGAAAGCAUCGUCAUGCGAAUGACUGGUUGCCCCAACGGAUGCGCUAGACCUUGGCUAGCGGAAGUUGCCUUUGUGGGCAAGGCGUAUGGAGCCUAUAAUAUGUAUCUUGGCGGAGGAUACCAUGGUCAGCGAUUAAACAAGCUAUACCGCUCUUCUAUCAAGGAAGCUGAAAUUCUUGAUAUCAUGAAGACCUUGUUGAAGAGGUAUGCUCUUGAGCGCCAGACGGAUGGAGAGCAGCCAGAGAGAUUUGGCGAUUGGUGUAUUCGUGCUGGUAUCAUCAAGGAGACCACUGAAGGCAAAUACUUCCACGAAGGGGUUGCUGAAGACGAAGAGUAG